CUGACAUCUGCUGUUUCUUUCUCUCCUCAGACAUGGAAAAUGAGACUUUUUAUUUUGAGUCUAAUGACUCAGACGAGCUUUGCAACCUCGGCACCGUCCAAGCAGAGGUUGUCACGAAGACGGCCCUCCACGCCAUCAUCUGUGCCUCCGGCCUCGUGGGCAACCUCCUUGUGAUGCUGACCUACUUCUUCUACAAGAGAAGCAAGACCAUGACAGAUGUGUAUCUCUUCAAUCUGGCAGUGGCAGACCUGAUCUUUGUGGUUGCUCUACCUCUGAUAAUACUCAACGAGCAGGCUGGUUUUUCACUGGGUGUUGUGGCUUGCAAACUGUUGGAGUCAGCCUACAGCGUCAACUUGUUCAGCGGCACACUGUUGCUCGCUUGCAUCAGUGCUGAUCGCUAUGUGGCCAUAGUUCACGCCAGACGCUCGUUUGGUUCGCGCUCCCGCGCGCUGACCUACAGCCGCCUGAUCUGCUCAACAAUUUGGGUGUCCGCGCUGGUUUUGACUCUGCCAACGUUGAUCUUCACUGAACUCUUUGAGGAAAAGGAUCCCAUCACAGGAACGUCCAGUAGGAAGUGUCAGCUGUCUUUCAACCAGCCUGACACAGCCAAACUGAUGAAGGUGUUGGUCCCUGGCUUCCAGAUGGCCAUAGGCUUCCUGCUGCCCAUGCUGGUGAUGGGAUUCUGCUACUCCUGGAUUGCAUACACCUUACUGAGAGCUCAGACCCAGAGGCACAAGGCCAUCAGGGUCAUUGUGGCCGUCGUGGUAGCUUUUUUCGUCUGCCACCUUCCCUACAACAUGGCUUUGCUGAUCCACACCACAUCUCUGUUCAAGGAGAGAAGCUGUGAGGCAGAGCAGAUCAAGCUCUACGUCCUGAACGUUUCCAAGAGCGUAGCCUACCUCCACUGCUGCCUCAAUCCCAUCCUCUACGCCUUUGUUGGGGUGAAAUUCAGGAGCCAUUUCAUGGAGAUCACUUCAGACAUCUGGUGCUUCAGCAAAAAGUACAUCUACUCUGCUCGCUCAACGCGGGGGGGCUCGGAUCUGUGCGCCUCGGGGGUGAGGUCAUCAGAUGUUUCCCAUAAUAUGUCUUCAUUCAGUGCAUGAAAACCCUCAGCAUGCUGUGUUGGUCAGCUGGUAUGAAACGGAUCCACUGCUAUGAACAGACGCCUUCAGAAAGAAUGAUUGGAUUGUUUCUCUGUAAUACCCACAUUCGAGAUUUAUUUGAUUUUUUUUAUAUAUCAAACAGUUAUUUAGAAAUAGAUUAUAUAUGUCCUGUAAAUAGGGGACAGAAGCAAAGCCGUGUGCGUUAAGAUGGUCUAUCAUCACUUAGUGCAAAGAUUUCCUUCAGUUUUUGCAUUCAAUGAUACUAUCACAUAUUGAAUACUGUAUUACUGUACAUGUUGGUCCUUGACGGGUGUAAAUACGAGCAAAACCAUAGAAUCACUUUAUAAAAAAUCACUUAAGGUCUUAGAUAGAAAACCAAUGUCAUUCCAUGUUUGUAAUAGCUUGAAAAAGUACAAGUUGUUAAGCUUUGAGAAUUUAAAAAAUUUUAAAUUUGCUUGUUUGAUGUACAAGGUGUUACAUGGACUUGCUCCGUCUCCCAUGUCUGACUUUUUUUAAAAAAGGUCUCACAGUGCUCUCAGGACUAGGGCCUCGUCUCGAGGGGACUGUGAGGUUCCAUACAGACAAACAGCCUUUGGACAAAAUUCUCUUUCUGUAAAGGCCAGUAAACUCUGGAACAGUCUUCCACUGUACAUAAGGGAGUGUCAAACAUUACAGACCUUCAACACACAGCUCAAGCAGUGGCUGAAAGCAAACCAGUCCUGUAACCACUGACUUUUAACUCUCAUAAUGUACCACUUUCUUGUGUUCUUAUUGUAUCUGUGACUCUGUCUUUUGUUUUGUCCUGUUUUAUGUUUCCUGCCUAGGGACUAUGGAUGCAAAUUAGCAUCAUUGCUAUAAUCCAGCAGAUGGUAGAUGUUCAUUAAUGUGCACUGUCCCUAUUAAAUAAAGCUUAAAUAAA